AUGGCGCGGUAUGAGGAUGCCAUCGAGAACCUACCGACGCUGGUCGCGUACCAAGACUACGACGGCGAACACCAGGUGGCGAAGGUGUCUGAGCACAGCGACCACCUGCCUGAAACCGCGUUGACGUCGACCUCGGCCCAGCCUUCGACGCGCUCUGCGGCAGACGCAUCCUCCCUCCCCUCCCUCGCGGCAUCGUCUGCUCAUUCUGGCGUCAAGAAUCUUCAUGGGCAGGGCGAAGCCAAGACCGGGCGAGAUGCUGGCUACAUUCCCGGACCUCUCCAACUGCGCCAUUGCCGCCUUGUCGUCGCCGAGGUUUCAACGUUCGAGUCGUCUCAGCAGCUGGUCCGGACUAUCUACUGGCCUUUUCGUGCCCAUGCACAUGCGUAUGAAGUUUCCGAGGUCCUCCACGGUGAUGUUAGCGCGGGCAACAUCCUCGAUCUUCCACGCCAAGGGUGGUUCAAGGAAGAGUGCGUCCGGGACGACGUACUUCGCCAUCCCACCGGAAUCCUCGGUCGUCUCACGUUUACCGCGGUCGGCAAUAACGGCGCCGCGGUGUUACCUCUCAACCAGCUUGACCUGCGCUCCGCCCGGCUCGCGGUCCACCUCGGUCCUCUACGGGGUCAAACCCACGGAUCACGCGUCUGCAGAGGCGUCCAGACUCGCCGCGAGCCGUGCUCCACGGACCGAGCAGGUAUCUCGGUCGAGAAGCCGGCCAGCGACGACGAGGACGGCCUUGUCACCGACAAUCGCCAACCGCCCUCUGAACCGAAGUCCGACUUCAAGGCUCGUGCUGCUCUGCUCGAAAACCACAAAUUUGUCUUGGCCCGGCUGAAGCAGUUCGCGUUCCCUCGCUGGAAGAAGAAGACGGGCGCACCGAUGUGGACGUGGCUGGCGAACGGCAGGAGCGCGGAGGACGCGUUCAUUGGGUAG